GUGAGUCACACGCUGAACGAGAAGAAAAUCCUACAGAGCGUAUCCUUCCCCUUCAUCGUGAAAAUUAUCAAGGCUUUCAAGGACACGACCAAUCUCUACAUGGUCAUGGAGUUUGCCAGCGGAGGCGAGCUGUUCACAUUGAUAAGGAAAAAAGGGCGGCUACCAGAGGAAUGGGCACAGUUUUACUCGUACCAAGUGACCCUAGCCUUGCAGUACCUCCACUAUUGCAGCAUCUUGUACAGGGACAUUAAGCCAGAGAAUAUUCUCAUCGACCACGUUGGCUACUGCAAGUUGGCAGACCUUGGGUUCGCAAAGAAGGCCCAUUUUACCUGGACCUUGUGUGGGACCCCUCAAUAUUUGGCUCCAGAGAUGAUCCUGAACAAGGGAUACGGGAAGUCUGUGGAUUAUUGGGGUCUGGGGAUACUUAUUUAUGAGAUGAUCGCAGGCUACGUGCCGUUCGAUCACAAGACACCGAUCAAACUAUACGAGAUGAUCGUCGAGUGCAAGGUGACGUAUCCAUCCGUGUUCAAGAAUAACGCGGUGGAAUUGCUGAACCAUCUCAUCGAGCCAGACGUCACUAAACGCUAUGGCAACCUUAAGAACGCUGCCAUGGAUAUAAUCAACCACCACUGGUACUCCAAGGUAGACUGCAGGAAAAUCCUCACCAAAUGCUACAAGGCCCCCUGGAUUCCUUGCGAGACAUCCCUAACGGAUGGGUCAAACUUCGACCGCCAAAAGGAAGAGUCUAUUAAAAUAUCCAAAGUUGACAAAUAUCCGAAUGAGUUUGCGGACUUUUAA